UUUGGUUGAUGCUGAGAGGAAGAUGAAAGCGGUUUGAUGUGAAUUUCGGGUUACAAAAAUAAAAAUAGAUGAUGAAUAUGCGGCUACAAUGGACCACAGUGGAGCCGAAACAGCCAGUAUAGCACACAGAGUGUUUACAUUUGAAGAAAACAACACCCUGCCGUCUCUAACCGUCUCCAUACCCGAGGUCCUCGAUCCACAGUAUGGCAUGUAUGUGUGGCCCUGUGCGGUGGUGCUGGCUCAGUAUCUGUGGACGCACGCCGAGGAGCUGAGGAACAAGACGGUGCUGGAGCUCGGUGCAGGUGUGAGUCUACCAGGUGUGGUGGCUGCAAAGUGCGGGGCGAAGGUGAUCUUGUCGGACAGCGCCGAGCUCCCACACUGUCUGGAGAACUGCAGGCGCAGCUGCGAGGCCAACAGGCUCCCUGAUGUGCCGGUGCUGGGGCUGACAUGGGGCGAGAUUUCACCAGAUCUCGUUCUCCUUCCUGCGCUGGACAUCAUCCUGGGAUCAGACGUUUUCUACGAGCCAGAAGAUUUUGAGAAUGUGAUUGUGACCGCUGCGUUCUUACUGAGGAAAAAUCCCAAGGCCCAGUUUUGGACAACAUACCAAGAGAGAAGUGCUGAUUGGUCCAUUGAAGCUUUGCUCCACAAAUGGAAGGUGCGGUGUGUUCAUGUUCCCUUAGAAGUCUUUAAUGCCAACAGAGCUCAUCUGGCUGGAUCAGCGCUGCCGGGGAACCACACCGUGCAGAUGAUGGUCAUCACACUGAGGACAGAGGACAGCUGACACACACUCAAGCUCAAAAAGAUUUCUUCUGGAAGAAUCAACUUUUAUUUGCCUGUAAUACUGAUAAUUAUUUAUGCUUCUCCCAAUCACUGAUUUCCAGUGAAAUCUGUGAGACAUGAGGCCCAUGUGAACCAUUUUUAAUGUUGGGAUAGUCUUAAGUAGAGCUAAAAUAUGAUAAAAAAAAAAUGAGGGCAAUUAUUUUUACAAUUGUGACAGCGGUGUGAGCCACAAAUGUAAUGGAAAUGCCAGUUCUGGCAUCAUAAUUUUCAUUUUCAGUGGAAAAAAAAACAACUUAAAAUGACUUUUGCCGGAGCCUGUACCAAACAAACAUGCUUUCUCAGGGCGUCUCUGCAGCGCCACAAUACUUUUCUAAUGAUGUUUUGCCUUUCUCAGUGUCUGAUGAAGCGCUAAGGUUGGAAAUGUCAUAUUUUGGUGGUAAUAAAUCCACUCUGGGAGGAA